AUGGCUGAUGAAGAAGCCUCAACCCGAUUCGCUCAAGUUGCACGUGAAUGCGCAAAAACAUCAACGGAAGCUCUAGAAAAUGUCGAAAAGCUUAUUGGCGCUUUGAAAAAUGCAGGAACUGGUAGGGAGGGUAUCAGCCUGCUGGAUGUGAAAAAUCGCGAAAUGGUUAGCUAUAUGGCUGAGCUCUCGCUACUCAUGACUCAAAUGAGCUGCGGAAAGUCUAUCAAGGACCAUCCUGCUGUGUUUCGAGCUUGCAAACAUAAAACGGCCAUAGAAAAAGCAAAAAGANAUGGGGAAGCAAAAGCGCCUUUGCGCGCUAGACCGGACCAAAUGGAGUUUGAUGACGACAAUGACGAAUCGGAAGAGGAUCAAGACAAUGAAGAAAACCACGCGAAGCCGAAGAAAUAUGUCCCACCAAAGAUGAUGGCGGUCAGAUAUGAGGAGGACGAAGACGGACGAGAGGCCAAGGCCAUAGAAAAAGCAAAAAGACGAGCACUUCAGAGCAGUCUUGUACAGGAACUUAGACAACAGUACAGUGACGCUCCGGAAGAGUUUAGAGAAAAGAGUCAACGAAGGUUCGAUGCCGACAAAGAAAGGGAAAGAUAUGAAGAAGAUCACUUUGUUCGUUUACGGAUGAGCAAAGCGGAAAAGAAACGAGAACAGCGCCUUAACCGUGAUAAUGUUAUGGAAGAUUUGUUCAAUUUCGGUAACUAUAUGAUGCGCGACGAGUCAGGAGACGCCAUCUCCACAAACAAGAAAAGGAAAGGAGGGCAAGCCGGUGGACCUAAAGGCAAAAAGUCACGGUUCGACAGAAAGAAGAGUCAAAAAUUGAAGGUGAAGUCAAAGAACAAGGCUAUCAAGAGGAGAACAUGA